GUGAAAUCUGUUCGGGUCCGUUUAGUUUAAACAAUAGCAGCAGAUACAGAUACAGAUAGAUAUCUACACUUACUUACACUUACUGUCUGCCUCUGCUUGUUCUUGUUGUUGUUCUUCUUCUUCUACUUCGUCUUCAUGUUCUUGGCAAGGCAAGGCGACUCACUCGUGGGCCAAAUCCUUCUCGAGAUACAAUAAUUAUACCCAUAACAGUGCGUGUUUGUUAUCCAAGCGGCCGACGACUACGACGACCACCACCAGACCAACAAACCAACCAACCAACCGACCGACCGAACAGCCAGCCACGCAGGCAGUCAAGUCAGUCAGCCAGCCAACGAAGCAGCCAAACAACCUACUUUAUAAUUUAUCAAGCUUAUUUGUGAUUCAUAGUUAGCAUUCGUUAUUUCAUUAUCAAUUGUGAUCAAUUUUAUAAUUAAAGUUUCAUAUCUGGUGGCGGCGGCGACGGUAAACGAAUGAUUUGCAUAUCCCAUACAGCUAGCCAGCCAACCAGCCAGCCAGCAUACCAACAACAUACUACAACUGCAUCCCAAAAUCCUAAGGGAAAGUGAAGAAAAUUUAUAAAACAAAUACUAAAGAUCCAAGGAUAUAUAGGGGCCGAAUCCAUUUCACCUCCCCCCCCUCCCCCAUACUCACAAGAAGUGUUGUUGCGUCCGUUAAUUGUGCAUUAAUAAAUUUAAGAAAUAUAGAGAAAAAAAUCGCAAACGCGAGUGUGUGUGUCAGUGAGUGCGUUCUAGAGUGCCAACGCUUAAUCCAUAUACCAUAGCAAACAAAAUAGCAAAGGAUAUCGCUGGAGAAAAUAAAUCAACAAAAGAAGAAAAGCAAAGAAUUUAAAUUGGCCUUUCCAGGGGCCCAACGCAAAAGAUUUCGAAAAUUUGUUAAUUUGUGUUGUCCUGCUUGUUGUAAGCAGGAUUUGUGCUUGAAAUUGUUUAAAAGUGCUUCAAAAUUUACUCUCCAACGACUUUUGACGCCUCCAGGGCGUUCAAACUAGAAGAAGAUUUCGUGGGAGGCUGCAUGACCAUGUCGAUGUACUCAUCGACGGAUAAAAUGAAAAUGUCGGCGCCCAGUUGUUUUCCCGGUCGCUACAGUCCUUCCUAUCGAAGUUCCGAGCAAAUGAGGCGCUGCAUGCCAAAUCCUUCGAGUCGCUUGUUAGAAGAUGCAUCCCUUCUAUGCAAUUCAUGGUCAGCACGCCAAAAUGGCGAUAUAUUUGCUGGAAUCAAUGAUGGCAUACUCAGCAGAGCGGAAGCGCUGUCUGCGAUAGACAUAGGAAAGCAUCAAGCGUCUCAUGUACAUCCCUCGCAAAUGACCUCCCAAAUGAAGCAUGAUGUAAUGUAUCAUCAUCACAGUAUGGGAGGUCCUCCGCAAAGGCCACUGCAGAUGCAUCACUCAAUGGACCAGUUAGAUAUGCUGGAUCCAACGGGUUCGAUGACAACGCUAGCCCCCAUUUCAGAAACGCCUUUAACACCUACGCACCAGCAUUUACAUGGAUCCUACCACAGUAUGAACCACAUGAUGACGCAUCAUCAUCCGAGUGGUUUAGGUGGACACUCAACGGGUCAUCAUGGUCAUUCUGCGGUACAUCAUCCUGUGAUAACAGCGGCAGUUGCUGCGGCGGGUCUACAUCCGGACACCGAUACAGAUCCUAGAGAACUCGAGGCGUUUGCGGAGAGAUUUAAACAAAGAAGAAUAAAAUUAGGAGUCACACAAGCCGAUGUCGGAAAAGCACUAGCGAAUUUAAAGUUACCUGGAGUUGGGGCGCUCUCUCAAAGUACAAUAUGUCGAUUUGAAAGUCUCACACUGUCUCACAAUAACAUGAUUGCCCUGAAGCCCAUUCUGCAGGCGUGGCUGGAGGAAGCGGAGGCUCAGGCGAAAAACAAACGACGAGAUCCUGAUGCCCCCAGUGUACUGCCUGCCGGCGAAAAGAAAAGAAAAAGGACUUCCAUUGCGGCACCUGAAAAGCGAUCUUUGGAAGCGUAUUUUGCCGUUCAACCGAGACCAUCUGGUGAGAAGAUAGCUGCCAUUGCCGAGAAGCUGGACCUGAAGAAGAAUGUGGUGCGAGUAUGGUUCUGUAAUCAGAGACAAAAACAAAAACGUAUAGUUAGCAGCGUUACACCCUCGAUGACUGGACACGGAUCAACGGGGUUUGGUUACUGAUAGCCGAUGUUUCCCGGAGACCACUACAUGUAGAUUGCCUCCCCCACCACGGAUCACACCGAACACCAAAGCCCCAGCCCCAAGAUGUGGACGUGGACGUGAACAGACCCCAACACCCCAUGAUGACCAUGAAGAUGACCAAAUGCGAGCGAGCACCAAUCCAAAUUCAAAUCGAUCAUCGACCCCUUCAUGGCUGCACACUCUACAUGAUGCCAACAAUCAAAUGCGAUUAUAUAUGGAACGAUCAAUGCAAACAAUGGACCAACAUAUCAAAUGCAAUAACAUUACAACUAAUGAUACAUUUUUAAAACCGGGAACUACGACAUUGAUGUGUAUAGUCAAAUUUAUUAUGUAUGCCUUUCGGAGACCUUCAAGGACAUCUGGAAUACCUUUUAAGUUUUUUUAUUUUUGUUUUUAUUUUAGUAAUUGCAAUGUCGUAGUCUCUAUGCUUCCUUUAGAGUACUACACACAAAAACACUCACACACACACACACUCACACACAUAUACAAGCCACUUAUCUGAAAUGAAAAUCCAUACUUCAAACAUGCAGACUAAUAAAAACAAAAAAGGAAAACAAAAUACAUAAAGUCACCUAUCUGCACUGAAGGCUGCCGCCUUCCCCCACCCCCACAAAAAGGAUAAGAUUUUCCUUGGAACUGGUGAACGAUGGAACUUCAAAAACGAAAGCAGCACUCAAGCACUCGGAAAUGCAACGAAUUUAACCUGUUGCCAAACUAUAAGUAUAACAAUUAAUUAUUAAUAUAAUUAUAACAAAAAAAAAACAGACAAAGAGGACUAUAGAGGAAGGCGUUAACAGUGAUAAGAAGAAGAAGAAGACGAAGAAAAAUAUGCUGACGUUGACGCAAAUGCUGUUAUUGAUGAAAUGAUCCUGUCGUGGACGGUCAGGAUGAUUUUCAAUAAAGAUUUUUACAAAAUACUCCUAAGACUAUAGAGAUGUACAGAUUUAACUAGAUUUACAACCAAACGAAAAACAAAAUGGCGAAAACUAAACUACUAUUUGAAUAUGUAUGUAAAUAUUCCUAUACAUAAAGACAACGUACUACAUACAUACAUGCAUAACUAUGUAUAGAAGCAUAUACAUACAUAUAAAACUAUGUAUGUGCUAUAUUCUUUAUACAUAACAAAAAAAAAAGAAAAAAACAAAAACAAAUAAAUAACAGCAACAGAAGAAAAAGAAACAAAGCCAUUAGAAAGAGAAAAAAAACAAAACCAAGAAAAUACCAACAGAGAAAAUUAUAUUAUAAAUAAUUAAUAUUUAAAUAAUAAAACGAAAAGUGAAAUAAAAAACAAAAAAAAAACAUUUCAUAGAUUUACUUUUAAGUAGUUUUGUAUCUACAUAAGUAGCAAUAAAUUUUAAUACCCCCAUGCAGUUUUACUUUUAUUCCAAUAACGAGUAUCCUUUUCCAUCUCUUUUUAAUUAUUAUAUCUGUAAAUAUGUAAUUUGCAAAAUGAAACUAAAAACAACAACAACAACAACAAAAGAAACCAAAUUAAAAACGAAUAAAACAUUAUCUUGUUAAUUUCAAUUCAUUACUAACUGUAGAUGUACUAUUACCGAAUGUAGCGGAUAAUAAAGUCAGUCUAGUUGAAAAUAA